GUUUCCUCGCUUGCCUGGCCUCUCCAGUCUAGAUUCUCGGCUGAAGAAGAGAGCAAGGAAGUGAAGAUUGAAGAAGAUGUCGUGGCAGACGUACGUGGACGAGCAUCUGAUGUGCGAAAUCGAGGGGAACCGCCUCUUCGCCGCAGCCAUCAUCGGCCAGGACGCCGCUGUCUGGGCACAGAGCGCCACCUUCCCUCAGUUCAAGCUUGAAGAAAUAACAGCUAUCAUGAAUGAUUUUGCCGAGCCGGGUUCGCUCGCUCCAACUGGCUUAUACCUUGGAGGGACAAAAUACAUGGUGAUCCAAGGGGAACCUGGAGCUGUCAUUCGAGGGAAGAAGGGUCCUGGCGGCAUUACUGUUAAGAAGACUAGUCAGGCAUUGAUCAUUGGCAUCUACGACGAGCCAAUGACACCUGGCCAGUGCAACAUGGUUGUUGAAAGGCUUGGUGAUUAUCUCAUCGACCAGGGUCUUUAAUUCCUUUGUGAAAGAAGGAUACAAGUAACUGAAGUGGCAAACUCUAUUGUGGAAACAAACAGUAUUGAAGCUUGUGAAGUGCUAAGAUUAUGCUAUUUGCUGAGCUGAACUAUAUUUUCUCUCUGUGCUGUUGUCAUUUGGUCCAAGUGAGGCACUUUUUGGACUUACAAAAGCGGUCUUUAUUUGACAACAUUUCAUGGGAUGCAUCAGGCGCGUCCAUUUCUCAACUUGUUAACUCGUGCAUUAGUAAUGGCAGCUUGAAACAGGGUUUCAACCAUCCAUGAUUUCUCUGGACAAGCAUUUAUCCCUUCAAUUCAAAAAAUAGGGAUGAUAAUAUAUACCCCAAUUUGAUUUUA